AGUUUAAUGCAGGAUUUCCAUAGAAAACGAACAAGGCGCGCGCGAUUGACACGUUAACGGAGUGAAUACAAAAAAGGUCCCGGAGACCCAGCCAAAAGAGUUCGAAAGUGUCAAAAUUAAAGAGUGAAAAGAGGUGGAAAAUUUAUUGAUGAGAAUCAAUAAAAUGGCUGUGAAAGUUUUUCAUUUGGCCCUUUUCCAUUAGCAAAAAAUGAAAUUCAUGGCCAAAAUGGUGACAAAUUAGUGGCUCAAAAAGCAAAAGUGGCAAAGUUUCGUGAGUGUGUGAAAUAUUGAAAAAAUUACAAAAAAAAAAAAAUUGUCAUUUCAUUUAAUGGCUUUAUAAUGGCUGCCCGGUAGCCAAACCAACCAAAUCUGCCAUUUGAGAAAAAAAAAGAAAAAUUGUCAAGUCAGAAUUAUCAAUUCCAAUCAAUGUUAUCGUCAACGGCAGGCGACGACUCAGCUCGGCAAAGACCCAUCAACGACAACCCCAUCGCCAUCAGCAUCAGCAUCAAAGUCACAUCCAAAGCUUAAUUGUCAUCUUCUGCAGUAGAAGCCGUUGAAAUCCCCAAGCAAGCAAAAGAGUUCAAUAGUUGGGAUCUGAUGCAGAUGAAGAUAAGCCAUAGAGUCGUACAAGUACUUUUGCAUGUAUGACAUGGUGGUGAUGAAUCUGAUGAGUCUGAUGAUGACGAUGGUGAUGGCUUUGUCGAUAAUGAGGUUAUUGGUGUUCCUCCCUUAGGGUGGUUGCCAUGAUGCCCAGCUUUGCGGAGGAGGUCCAAAUACGAGAAACAAAUUAUUGAUUUAUAGAUUUCUUUCCUUCUGUGACUAAAAAUAACCCAAAGUGGAAUUUCAUUGCACAAAACAAUGUGGGGAUUAUGGAAUUAUUUCAAGCAGAGAGGAGGAAAAGAGAAGGCGACGAAAAAUGGGAUGUCGGGUGGUUUAAUGUCAUGUGUAAGGGAGAAUUCCCCACCCCUGGAUUUGGAUGCUUCCGGGCCAUUAUCACUGCCGGAACCGCGCAUUAAUACAUCCGAUUUGUACGAUAAUGUACAUUCAUCGUCAUCAUCAUCGCAUCAGAACAUAUUGUCCUCUACGCCGCUGGCGGCACAUUCAUCGAUACACUUGGAUGCAGCAACAGCAGCUGGCAGUGCCGGCAGUAAUCAUGGGGGUGGUGGGGAAGGUGUUCACACGUCAACACCUUUGGCCACCCCACCCAAUACAGAACAACAAAAACGUCGACGAUUUCAUCCGUUACGUAAUCUCAGGCGUAUUUUUCGACGACGUACCAUAACAACAACAAGCACAGCAACGCCAUCCCCUUCGGCUGGAGCAACAGAUACACCACCCACCUCAGCUGGUCUCCUACAGACACCGACGGCGCCCGCCAGCACCAGUACCAGUGAGAAGAAUCUACGCAGUGCCACUCUCUCGUCCGUUGCCUCAGUGGCAUCGGCUUCCUCACCCUCCUCACCGUUGACCCAUCAGCAGUUGCAUGACGCCUUUUUGACCCAAUCGCUGCCGAAAUCAAAAUCUUCCUAUAUCUCACUCUUGGGUGUGGGCAAACACAAAAGUCAUGAUCCAAAUUUAAAUGCCGAAUCGAAAAGCAAAUCGAAACAUAAAAAUAAAAAACAACAACAGCAGCAGCAGCAGCAACAACAAUCCAAAGAUUUUGACCAAUCCGUAGAUCCCACGGAAGAGGACGAAGAGAAUAUGUUUGGUACAACAACGGCACAGACCACGUCGUCAUAUCAUCAUCAGCAGCAGCAGCAUCAUGUGUCGAUGUCAUCGACCAGCUCCUCGUCGGUGAUGGGCGGGGGGAACAAAUCCUCGCUGCUUAAUCAAAGGCAAUCAAUAGGCGUGGCUGUUUUUCCCGGUGCCAUGCAAAGGAAUUUCUUUGCCGAACGUCAGAAGCUGCGCAGCGUUGGAGACUCUUCACAGGACUUGGAUAGCGGUAGUGGCAAUGACAGUGGCACCGGGGGUGGUGGUAGCGGCGGUGGUGGUCACACCAGCUUGGCGGCCAAGAACAGCAGUGCCAGUGGCGGUGAAAUGUCCGACAGUCAGAGGAGUUUGAGUGAAGGACGACUGAUUGAUAGUGACUAUUCCCGCGAUGGUCUCUCUCAAUCCCAUGACAGUGUAUUCUCAGAAUCCGCAACAGCCAGCAGUUUGUCCAUUGUACUAAAGGCCGAACUUGCCGAUGUCUUACGCAAACGACGCAAUCGUCCCGAUGCCUCCGACGAAGAUUUGGGCCUGCCACGCAGCCCUGCCUCACCGCAACGACGCGCCAUGGCCAAACCACCGAUGGGCGGCAACAUGCCCGGCAGUGGUGGCAUCACAUCGUCCACAUCGCUGCGCACCCACAAACAUCAAUCGAUGGAGAAACAAAGUGAAAAUUCCUCACUCAGUCUGCUGAGCAUGAACAGUGCCGAUGGCGAGGAAAUGAUGUUGACCUCAACGGCCAACAAUUCGACAACAUCCUCCACCGAAGUGGUACAGGAACGCGCCCGUUAUUCACGUUCCUCAACAAUGUCCAGCAUUUCGGUGUCAUCGGAUAUCCUGAGGCAUCGUGACAGUUCAUCGCUGAUGAGCGGUGGCGAUGAAGUGGAUCUAUUUUCAUCGGAUUGGCAGCGCUUGUCACAUUCGGCGGCGAAACAUAAAAUGGCCAUACGACCGGCCAAAAAGAAGGGUGGCCCCAGUCGGCAGCAUAGGAGGACAUUGGAGACUUCCAUACCCGAGGCCAAUGAGGAGCUAUCGAAAUUGACUAACAAAAAGUUAUUGGAUAUCAAAGAUUUGGAUAACAAAGCCAAGACACGUUCUCUCCCACCGGGCGUUAAUGCUGCCAAAAUUAUGGAAGAACACACUGCCUAUAAGGAGACAACAACAUCAAGCAAGUCUUCAGCUUCAGCAACAACUACAACAAAAACUAAAACAACAGCAGCAGCAACAACACCAAGUAAUCAACAAACGACCACGACAGCAGCAGCGGCAGCAACAUCUACGAAUAAUCUUUUCGGUUUUCGUUCGCUGUCAUCGAAGGCCUCAUCGCUGUUUGAAUCCAAAGAAUCCACCACUUCCUCAUCCUCCUCGAUGACCGUGGUGGAAGAGAAAAAAUCCGAAGUAUUAAAGAAAGCGAGCGACGAGCCCCUUGUGGAGGCCCAGGAAUCUGGAUUCCUACGCCGUCUAAUGCAUCGCAAUUCGAAACGUUCCAUUGCCAAAGCCAAUGCUGGUGAGGAUCAUGCAGAUACGGAGUCAGUAGAUGGCAAACCCAAUGAACCAAAGAAACUACAAAUGGGUACCGGAAAUAUGGAGGCCAAGUCAUAUACCACCAGCUCCACUUCCUCCUCCUCGUCGUUUAUCCAGGAUGUGACUCAAAGUGAAUUCUCCUACAUCAGUUCUCCGGUGCGGGUGAACCGGGUGGAGGAGAACUUCCAGGGUCUGAAAAAGAUGGAGAUGUUGAGUGAAAGCAGCAGGACUGCUAGCCAGCAACAAAUAAUCAAGGAGGAGCGUAUGGAGGAUGUGAUGAAUGUAAAACCCAAAUCUGGUCCGGCCUCGAGGCAACGUUAUUUGCCCCAAAAUAUUGGCAAUGAAAAUUUGAUAGCCACCCCCUCUCCCACCAAAGUUAAUAGGGACUCCAAGGAUUCAGGGUUGAAUAAGUCAUCUGGUAGCUCGGAAUUUUUGCAAUCCACUUCCAUGGUCCGGGAGAUUACCAAACAACAGCAGCAACAGCAACAAUACCAACAGCAGCAGAGCGUUGUACUGUCUCCCACCAAGCCGGAACACCAUUUCGAAAAGAAACCCAAAAUUGUGGGCCUCUCGGCCUUCCAACAAAAGAUUUCCAAAUCGAAUGAGUCCUUUGGCCGUAGCAACAACAAUAACACCACCACAACCACCAUUACUUCCAGCUCCAGUUCCUUGAACCAGCAAAGCAUGGAGACCGAGGAAUUGCUGGAAGAGGUGGAGUUGUGUGCCCCCGUCCGGGCCCAAAUCUAUGAACAGAAAUCACGUAAAUCUGUGGAAAAAUCCAAAAGUUUCCGGGCCUAUGGUGAGGAGAAGCCCAGUAUUACCCCAGUCCACAACAACAUGCCCAGCCUACCGGAUUUGAGUUUGAACCUAAGGGUACCCUACUACAGCAGGGAGUUUGUGAGCCAGGAAUCGGCCAGGGAAAUUCGAAAAGAGGAACAAUAUUUUGAAAAGCCCUCCGGAGUUUCCAUGGUCACGGUGUCGCCCACACCCUCGGCUGGCAGUAGAAAUGUCCAGGAAACGGAAAAUCAAAUUGAUAUGAUGGUCACUUCGCCCUUCAUUAGUGUAAUACGUAAAUCCGCCACCUUCCUGGAACAGGCCGAGAAAAUGGAAUCUACCAAAAUUAUGCCCGUCCGACCCACGGUAUUGGCUUUGAAAAAGGAAAAGUCUCUUAGCGAGGAUAAUGUCUUGAACUCUCCCUCCACGGCCAAUGUCAUGUUGCGGGAGAAGCCAUUGCAGAAGCAAAAUUUGCAUUUCUCCAGCAGCAGUGGUGGCCAAUUGGAACAGCCCAAAAUGGACAAUGAAAGGAAAUCGGCUCCAAAUCCCAUUACCAAGACAAAUGGUUUUCGUACGAAUUCCACACGGCGUUCCUCGAGCAUGGUGGAUUCAGCGGAAGAUGCCAAGUCUUCUGUGCCGGAAUUCAUGAAAAUCCAAUUGAAUCGGGUGGAUCCCAUGAGAUCGUCGAAGACCCAUGUGGUUUUGUCCAAAAAUGCCAAGGAAAGUGGCACCGCCACCAUGACUUCUGCUUUGUCACGAGAAUCCACACCCGACAAGGAUGAGGAUUUCCGACGCCUUAGCUCGGAGAGUGUGGAUAUCAAUGAACGCUCCUCACCGGAAAUGGAAAAACGUUUUCCCCUGGUCUACCAUGAAGCCAUCAACAAACAGGCCAAACUAAGUUUGGGUCUACCGCCCAAGAGUCCGCUUAAAAAGAUGACCACCGGAGCAGGAGGAGGAGCAGCAGCGGCUGUUACAAAUGUCCUGAUAUCAAACUCCUCUGCCUCCACGAAUUUACCCAUUACCCCCACCACACCGCCCACACCCACCAUCAAUGAAACCGAAAUGGAGACACAAUUCAAAAUGCCCGAAGUUUCGAAGACGACUCCGGAAACCAACACCAACUCCCUGUCGCUGCAAGAGCGAAGACGUCUCUUUAUGGCCGAGGAUAAGGCAAAAUUGGAGAAAAAGGUGGAGGAAUUGAAAUUUGAGCGAAAACGUUCCAUCAACGAGGAGCUGUGUCGGAAAUCUGUGAUGCAAAAAUCCGAAUCCAUGGAGGAAAAGGAAUCGCCCAGCGGAGAAGGUGGAGUAAUUCUAAGGAAGAAAUCCUUUGCCUCUUCCUCGUCACAUCUCUCCCUGAAUGGCAAUUCACUGAGUAGUAGCAACAAUAACAGCUGUUCCAAUUUGAAUAAGUCCUCAGAUCCUACACCGGAACUGAUGAAGGUCUUUGCCAGGCGUUCCUUGAAAAUCAAGGAUGAGGAUUUGGAUAAAAUGAUGAACAAUGGCAAUGUGAGCAACAACAGUAGUAGUAGUUGUGUUGCCAAUAAGAAAUUCUCUCUAGGCAAUACCUCCCUCUCCUCCUGCUCCUCCCCCUCCUCCAACAACAACAACAAUCCCAGUGUGGACAGUGAUAAAGAAAAUCAGUCAGCCAGUGAAGAAAAAUUGGACAAGCUAAGCAAAUUGGAGGUGCAGGAAUCGAAAAUCUCCAUCGGCAACUCAGCGACAAGUGUCAGCACGGUGAUCAACAAUCAAAGGAAUUCCUUGGCAGAUUUUAGGCAAAUGCCACAGAAGAUUGGCUCCACGGGCUUGGCCCUUAACAACAAUCACCUGAACUCUCCCACAAAUGGCAGUAUUGUAAAUCAAAAUAGUAAUAAUAGCAACAACAACAACAACAAAAACUUUUUGCCACCCAUUAAAAUUGCCGGCUUUAGGCAUGUGUCCAUGGAACGCAUUACCAAUAAUAACAACAACAACACCAUCUCCUGCAGUUCACCCGGCAAAUCUACGACUUUGGAAAGGCCUUCGGUGAAAUUGAGCGAAUGUCAAACGAAAACCGAUAGCACGAGUCCAUUGAUAAGCAAAACAAUCGAACGAUCGGCCACAGUUGGAGAAUUCAAGGGGAUACAUCAGCGCCGGGCCGAGUGGGAGCAGAGAGCCAAGGAGGCUUUAAAAUAAAUUCGACAAAGAUGAGGAAACAAAAAUCGAUUUCAAAUGAAAAAAAAAAAUACUCAUUUAAAAAAUUUUGAACCAAUUUGACCCCCCAUUUUCCCGCUCCCCCACUCUUAAGUAGCUCUUAAGGCUUAAAGCUCUGGAUAGGAAAAGAAGUAGAUAUCAUUAGCAAGCUUUAAAGCUUUUUCUAGACCACACCCAUGAACACCGUUUGGGAAAAAGUUUUCUGCAAAAGCUUGAAUUGUAAUAUAAAAAAAAUCACGCCCCUAAACUCCUCAUCCUCUUCCCCCAACACCCAAAAAAGAGAAAAUUUAAAAAUCAGUAAAUGGCCAAAAACUAUAUAAACCAUACUUAAUUUUAAGAACUAAACUAUUACAAAAAAAAAACAGAUUAAGAAAAAUUAUUAUUAUUUAACAAAUAUAUAGAACGAAUAACAAAACCUAAACCUUAAAAUUUAAAAUUUAAAA